CCAGCUUGUUGACUCCCGACUUGACUUUAUGCGCCUCGCUCGUAUCCAGGCGGAGUUGCGGAGCUUCUUCCAACGUUUGGGCCAACUUGUUCACCUCGCCACCGCGCAUACUUGAACCCAGGAAUGUUUUCAUGUUUGGCCUUCUUUAGAGGGGCAUUCAGGCGCCGGAUUUCUGCUUCGCCUUGCUUGUCGGGGCUAAUUGAGCACUUUGGCUGGGUGCGCUCCCUGGACAGCAGACGGACUUUUUUUUUUUUUUUUUUUUAUACUACUUUCUUUUCCCCCCCCACUUACACCACAUUGGAUUGAUUUUUUUUUUGGGUGAUGUCAUGGACUUUUUAAAAGUACAGAGACGUGUGCGUGUGUGUUUUUGACUCCCGCUCUAAAAUCAGUUGAGGGACUGUCUGGGGGCCAGGACUUGGGAAUCAAUGCGGUGCCAGCUGGAAGGACGCGGGGUCCGGAUCUCACCUCAACGGUUGUGCCAAGAUUGCAAGGCCUCGUUCCUGCUCGAGCUCGUAAAGCCGCAGCCCUCCCCUGAUACGUCCUGGGAGUGAUGCACUGGCUUCCCCUGGUUGCCAUGGUGAUCGCCUCGGCCCUGCCCUUCCCUCGCAAGCCCGCGUCCAGGAUCGCCUCCGCCGCCAGCGUGGACGACGACCGGCGUCGCCUCCCGCUGGACUACAACUCUCGGGGAAAUGCCUCGCAAAAGGACUACAGAACGGCCGCGCUGGAGAACCGCACCAAUAACUCGCCGGAAAGGAGCGGCAGUCGACCGCAACGCACCAGGGUGGGCGGCGGUUUUCUGGACUCGACUAACGCACCCACGCAAGUCUCUGAGGUGGAAACCCAGAUAAUCCAAAGUCCUGCAUCCGCCGGUCCGAGGACUCAGAGAGGGUCUACGACGACCGUUCCCACGGAGCGCUUCGGGAACACGUCAAGGAGGGGCCCCACGGCGACGCCGACGCCGGCGAGCGGCGUGGUCAAUGGGACCCCUGGGGCAGGGUUGAGCAUCCUGGAAGGCCUCCUGGAAAGGGACGAGAUGUUUCUGGACAGCCACCCGCGGGUCCUGUUCUCCUCCUCGGCUUCGCCCCCAGACCGCCCGCCCCUCCUGGUCAUGCUGGAAGGCGGCCUUCCGGAGGACGACGCGGAAGAAUCGGAGGACGCCCACGUGGAGGGCCACGGGGAUCGGAGCCUCAGUUGGGUCAACGCGUCGGGAUUUGCAUCCGACGUGGGCCGUGCCCUCAGGAGGGACAAACGCUCGCAUUUGAUGGACCGGCGUCGGGGCGAGAAGUCGGUGUGCGAGGCGGAGAGCGUAUGGGUGACGGACAAGACGACGGCCAUCGACGCGCAGGGCCAGACGGUCACCGUCUUGCAGGACAUCCAGACCCAGACGGGUCCGCUCAAGCAGUACUUCUACGAGACCCGUUGCCGCCAGGCCGAGCAGCAGAAGAGCCACAGCCCUGCCACCGGGGGGGCGUCCCAGCCCACUGGGGUGGCGGGCGCCGGUUGCCUGGGCGUGGACAAGAAACAGUGGGUGAGCGAGUGCAAGGCCAAGAAGUCGUAUGUGCGCGCCCUCACCAAGGACGCCAACAACCGGACAGGUUGGAGGUGGAUCCGAAUCGACUCGUCCUGCGUUUGCGUGCUGCUCUCCCGAGCCAAUCAGAUCCUGGCCCGCGAGGCGCUUGCCAGGAGGGGGCGGGGAUAACCGUACGACACACCUCAAAAACCUCACAUGAGAACAUAGUAUAUAGAGAUGUUUUUCUACGAUUUACCUUUCAUAACCUAAGUUAUUAGUACGUAAGCAUGUGUAUGACUUUGAUAUUAAUAUAUUCCUACAUCUGUCUAUGUGGACAUAAGGUGCUUAACAAAUGGAUUAUUCAAAUAGUUGUCAUAAUUUUCAGUUAGAAUCAAAUGUGGAAGGAAAAAAAUUGCAAGAUGCAAAAAUCAUAGGAACAGAAAAAGUUGUAAUGAAAAAAAAAAGGUAAUUGUACCGGAAAAAAAUAAUAAAUGCAUACAGGAAAUUGAACUGGAAAAUUUAAAUUAACCAUUUAAUAUGAGCAAAAUAUUUUAUUUGAAAGCGUGUCAUUGAAUAAGAAAAACAUUUUGUAAGAAUACGUUUGUAAUAGUAAGAGGAAAAAAAAGUCAUCAUUUUAUUAGACUGAAUCAUAUCAGGAGAAAAUGUCAUCAUUUUUACUCUAUUUUACUGUAUGUUUUUUAAUAUCAUGAGAAAAAUGAUUUACUAUAACCAGAAACAAGUCACUUUUAUGAGAGUCAAGUUUAUAAUUUGACAGGAAAAGCAUUUUGUUUCUCACAUGGAAAAGGCUGAACAUUUACUAUAAAAAGGUGUAAUUUUACGAGAAAAAAGGGUUUUAAUUUUAAUUAUUUGAAAUUUUAAAAAGAAAAAUAUUUGAUGAUUAUAGAGAAAAAAAUGGUCGCAUUACAAGCAAAAAAGAAGCAGUUUGUAAGCAUGAUGUAAAAUGUAAUUAUACCAGAAAAAAGGUAUUAAAACAAUAAAUGUGUAAUUGUAAUUUUACACAAAAGUUGUUUUUUUAAAACAAUUUUUUAAAACGCAUUUAUUUCAAGAAAACUGUUAUAUUACGGUAAUCAGUUUGUAAUACAAUAAAAGAUAACCAAAAAAAGUCACAAUUUCAACAGACACAUCAUAUUAACCGAUUGUUUUUUUACACAUUUUGUUUAAUAUGGUAAGAAUGUUUUUUUAUAUAACCAGAUUUAAAAACAAAAAACAAAAACACAAUUUUAAAAUUUGUAAUAUUUGAAAAAAGUCACAAUUUGAGGAGAAUAAAAUAUUAUUCCAAUAGUUUUCAUUUCACAUUGUAACCAAGAAAUAAAAAGACACUUUUAGGGAUUUCCCGCUUCAUCUCAAGCAGCUGCGGCUAAAAGCUUCCAUUUGCAUCCAUUUGUUAAGCACUGUAUGUACGUUUGUAUGUAUGCGUGUAUGUAUGGAUGGAUGUAUGGCGCUUGUAUAUUUAUAGGAGAAGCGGCGCCCCCAUACUGAGGUUUUUGUAUGAAUGUUGUACCAGACGGGGACCAUCUUUUCAAUAAAUGACAGCGCUUCAUGAA